AUGUCAGAGGGGGGAAUCCCAGCCAUCCGGGACCUUGUCAAGCGCCUCAUCAUCCGUCCCCGCGAGCUUAUCCUCGACUUUACACAACCAGGCUCCUGCCGUUGGACGGAUCUCGGAAGCCUCACAGAUGUGCUCGAGGAGCUUGUACAUCAACCUUCUUUGACUUCAUUUUCGUUUGCCGGUAUUGUCGGCGUCCCUUGGGACCUCCUACGAGGGAGCAAUGUGUGCAAACUGACGAUUGGAUAUGGGCUGGUAGACGUGGUCCCAAGUUCGACAUCAAAUUCAGCUCCUUUUCCGCAACUUGAAUGGUUGGAGAUCAAGGGACGAAUUCCUCCCGGCUUUGUGCUAGAUACGGAUUCCAACAGACUUCUCGAGCAGGUUUCGCCGAAGGCUAUUGAGAUCCAUGUGGGUCAAAUUUUCAACUUUAUGGGACUUCGAAACGUCCUUCAUUCGACACAAAAAUCUCUCAGGCAUCUACAUUUGAAUUUCGAGAGGAGGGAACUGCCAUCCGUGUCCACUGCUGUUGAUCUCGGUAUUCUCACCUCUCUGAAACACCUUUUCCUCUCAUACGACUCAUAUUCCACCUCUCCUAUGACACGUGGAGACCCGGCAGGCAAUUAUUUCGAUCAUAUAUCAGAGAUCCUGGAAGCAUCCUCCAACAGUGGUGCCCCAAACGCGCUUCAAACGAUGUCAUUGUCCAUCAUCUUACCGGUCUUUAUUCCGAAAACCUCCGAAUACGAGUUCGACGUACGAGCAUGGAGCGUUCUGGAUAGAGCGCUGGCGAAGGAACGCCUUUCGGCCAUUCAGCGCGUAAAUUUGAAGGUGAUGUUAGACAUAAUACUGCCCAAGAAGAGGGCCUUUGCUAUCGAAGAUUUUCGUAGGAAUGCUACCGCGGCCCUCCGCGCAAUUAUCCAAUCAUUUACUAUGGCUAGUAAAUUGUAUCCGUUGUAA